UCUAUGUUGACGUAAUAUUUUUUAAGAUACUUUCCAUCUUCCAUCCAUGCCGUGUUUGUUUUUCACAAGGGAGACAAUGAAGUGCUGAGAUCAGCAAGGCACCUUUUGGCACUUUUGACACAAGAGAGAGCUGAUGGGUCUUCUACUAGUCAGGGUAUAAACAGGUCAUCUCAUGUUAGAGGCCAAACUCCGGGGCCAUCUUCUGUCCAAACAGAAAUGACCAGGGAAGUAGAAACUGUAUAUAACAAUCCUCGCCUAUUAUGAAUCGUAGGUCUGUUCUGACUUCCAUGUUACAGUUUUUAAAACAGGUCCUUUCCUGGAUUGUUCUCAAAUCGUAGAGGAAAACGACGUUUCACUGGACCUUGUCCUGUGCCCAUAAAACCCAAACCAUUUCAGGUCAUGUUCCAUCUGCUGUCAGCCCAAUGUGAGCGGUCCCCUAGUGGUCCAGAUCAACUGCUCCAUACACAGCAGGACUGGGACCAGAACUGCACUCUAGAUGAGAGUUUGACUCAUCAGGAGGGGGUUGGGGAAGCCGGAAGCUUUCACUUGUGGCACCUGCAGACUGUGGGUACACAGGCAGGCUUAUCAAAACCUCCAAAAUAGGGGAGAAUUCUGUCCUCUAUAUAGCUCCAGUACAAGAUGAGCUCGAUGUCACUCCCUUGCCACCAUCAUCAGAAGCAGUCCGAGAUAUGCCUAAAGCAAUGUGCAAAAAAUACUGUACCCACUUCAGAUCCUCACAAAUCACAGUAAGACUUGUUCUGAUGUUGUUGUGGUCGAAGAUGGAGAUGAAAGUCAGGAUGAAACUCUGCAUGAUGCACAAGAUGUGGAAAGUGAAAAAAAGAGCAAUGAACAGGCUUGCUGUCCUAUUUGUCAAGAAGAAAUGCCCCUUGACAUCUUGGAAGUUCAUGCCAGUGAAUGUGGGGAAAGAUCUAUGGAUGAUGAAAAUAACAACACAACUGAGUUGUCAUGUAUGGAUAAUGAAGUGAACGACACUGCUGAGUUUUUAUACGUGGAUAAUGGUACCGAUUGGAAAACCCAUCCGGAUCCAAAAGUAGCUAUGGCUUUGUACAGAAAGGAAAUUCUCAGACUGCAUGAGACAGAGAAACCUCUUUAAAUGUGUAUGGACUUGAGAACGUGUGCUGAAGAACAGGAAAGGCAACUGAUCAACUUCUACAAGCAAAGAAAUGUAGAGUGGGCCUGUCCUGUCAAAUGUCAACUUGAAGGGGAUGCUGCAGUUGGUGAUGGAGUCACCAGACACUUUUUUUCUACAAUUCUUGAAAAACUGAAGUAUGGUUUCAGUUUGAACUUGGUUGAAUUAACAGGAAACACAGGAGUUACUUGCCUCUUUGAGGGACAGCCAGACCACUUGGUGCCCUCAUCCUCACAAUUCCUCAUUGAAAGUGACCUCUUCCUAGUAGCGGGGAGAAUGCUAGGUCAUUCUUUUCUGCACGGCGGCCCAUGUCUCGCAGGGCUCAGCAGAGCUUUUGUUCAUGUUCUACUUCAAGGUUCUCAAGAUACUGCCACUUUGCAACUGGAGGACUGCCCAGAUGUUGACAUACGGGAGACCAUCAACUUGCUCAGUGGACAGUCUCCAUUGAAUGAGGACCAGUCUAGUAAAGUCCUGGAUCUUUGUUUGUCUUGGGAUCUUCCUGGUCCAACAGAAGAAAACAGAAGGUGGCUUUACGAACGUCUGCUGUCACAUGCGGUUCUCGGGAGAAGAGUACGCCAAAUCAAGCAACUGAAACGAGGACUGAAAGACACUUGUGUUUGGCCUCGUCUAACUGAGAGGAAGGAUGUGGUAUUCUUUCCCAAGGAAUCGGAGGACUCAUGCACUCCUGAGAUGCUGCUUUCACACAUCUCCUGUCCUAGAGAGAGUGAUGACGAAGAUGAUGAAGAAUACUCAGCUGAUAUGAAGGAACGGAUCACAGGGUAUUUAAAGCAGUUCAUUGAGACAGCCUCCAGCAAGGACUUAAAAAACCUUCUGAAGUUCUGGGUCGGAUGGGAGCAGAUGGAGGAAAAUAUGGCUGUGGAAAUUGUGAAAAGUGAUCUCCCAAAAUCCUCUAGCUGCUUCUGUAUUCUCCGGCUCCCAGGGCACUACAACAGUUUCCAGUCCUUCAACAAGGGCUUGAUGAUGUGCAUUGGCACUUGCAAGUAUGGUUUUGGCCAUGUGUAGUUUUUAGACACAUGUACAUGUUACAUUUGUUACACACUUUUUUUAAAUGCUGUUACUGCACUUAGGACCAAUGCUUUGUUCAAACCCAGCUUACAGGUUUUUUUCUUUUUCAUUUUUGGGAUUGCUUUGUACAUGAUGCUUGUUGAUCAUGUUGCUAUUUUUUGAUACUAUGCUAUAAGAUAUAGUACAUUAAGUAAUGGGUUAAUGUUAUGUACACGCAGUCACUUAUACUGUAAGCUUGUAUCGUUCCACAAUGGUUUUUUUUCAUGCAUGGGCUCAUGCAGUGCUAUAGACAUUGUUGAAUGUUAGUUGUUCCAUAGCUUGUCAGAAUUUGCUAAAUAUCAUAAAGUACUUUAUUCUUUUAAAGUAUUAGAAUUUAUGUAAAAUGUAUAUUUAAACAUGUUCAAUGGAAGUACAAAUAAUAAAAAUAAGUCUAUUCUUGAAUAAAAAAAUCCAUAAUCCACUGUGCUUGUCACUAACUGAUGGAAGUGUCAAAUCCAACAAGUACAAAUUAAACAAAAACAACAUUCUUACAUACAGGUUUUUUUUUAUUCAGAUACUUUAACGUAUUGAGUACAAAUAUUAAUUCUUUCUUAAUUGCUUCUGCUAGAAGUCUGCCUCUUUAAGGCUAAAGAUGACAAUCACAUUUAUUCCAUAAUCGAUUGGCAAAAAUGAAGUGCAGCUAGAUAGAUGUCCCAGCCGAAGUCUGUGAAGGUCCUCUGGGGUCUACAGUGUCUCUGAGUGCUUCAUCAGUCAGGGGACAUUGGGUUUGAGACACAAUGCUGGAAUGUGCAUCAACAUCAGUCCACUACUCUCCCAGUUGAUCUGUG